AUGAGUUCUUUAAAAAAAAAGAAGCAAGAUAUACUUUGGGAAAAAAAAUGGAGGAAUCUUAUACAUCAAAAAGCGAUUAAAGAAGAAAUGAAUAAACAGCUCAAAGCAUCUUUAGAAAGACAAAAACAAGAAGAAGAAGAAAAGGAAUGUACUUUUAAGCCUCAAACAUUAUGGAAUCAAAGUUUUAAAAAAACCAUUUCUUUUGUAGAUGAAUUUUUUGUUAAAUUGAAACCAUAUAUAGAACAACAACAAGCAUACUUAAACCAACUAAAGGAGCUUGAAUAUGAAGAUGAGAUUUUUUCUCAAAAAGUUAAGGAAGAAUUGAGAAUAAUGUUAUCAAAAGCAGUAGACAAAGAGAUAAUGGAAACAAUUAUUGAAGGAUAUAAAGGUGUUAGGACAAGAGGAAUGAAUAAAGUGAAGAGGGAAAAAUUAGAUAUCCUUUCAAAAAUGAUUAAAUUAGAAAGAGAAUAUAAUUGUUUUAUGGCUAGGGAAAAUGUAGACAAAAAGGAUUUAGAAGAAUGUGGUUUUGAUUGUGAUUUAGCAGCAAAAUUAAGAAACGACAUAUUGAAAGAAUCGUUAUGCCCAAAUUCUUUAAGAGAUUUUGCAAAAAUAAGACAAGAAAUAAAUAAUGUAUUAGAAGACGAAUUAAAAAUAAGAGAAAAUAAAAAUACAUUGAAUGAAAUAAAUAAUGAACAUCAGUUAAAUAAAGAAAAUUGUUAUAUAGCAGGAAGUAAUGAAAAUGACUCAAAUAUAAUAUCAGAAGAAAAUGUAGACAUAAAUAAUGAUAAAGUAUUAAAUAAUAAAAGCUCAAAUCAUACUGAAAUAAAUGAAAAAAAUAAAUACAAUUUAAAGAAUACAAAUAAUAUAGUACGAAUAACAAAUGAAAAUAACAAUACGAGACAUACUAGUAAAGUAUAUAUUUUAAGUGAGGCUGAAAGAAAUAUCAAUAUACAACAUCCUAUUAAUGAACCUAUAUACAAUCAUAAAUGUAUCCACUCAGCAAAUAAAGAGGAGAAAAACGAUUUUAAUCAAAAAAUUUAUGAUCCUUAUAUAGAAGAAAAAAAUGAAAUUUUUGUACCACAUAAUCAAAAUAAUUUAAAGAAAUGGGAUUAUACUAAUCUAUACAAUUUCAAUAAACAAGACCUAGAAAAAAAUACUUAUAAUGAGAAAAAAUAUGAGCAUAAUAAUAAAAAUAUUUAUUUGAAUAGUAAUUAUAUGAAAAUAUUAAGAAAUGAAGAUGCCAAUAAAUAUGUUUCUUCUCUGCAAAAGGAUAUUAAUUCUAUGAAUGUUAUAAUAUUAAAUAACAAUAAAAAUGAAAAAAAUAGUAAUUCAUCUAUUAACAAUUUAGAAGAAGGUAAUAUCGUGAAUUAUAUAAAUAAAAAUCAUGUAUUUGCAAAUGAAAACAAUAUUAAUACAAAUAAUUUUAAACAAGUACAUAAAUCUUAUUUUAUAUCUAAAAAUGAUAAUAAUAUCCCAAAAAAUAUAGACAUAAAUAUAUUAAAAAAAGAGAAACCUAAAAAUAUUAUCGAAUCCAAAAAUACUUAUUUUCCCCAAAAUAAAAAUAAAAAUGGAGUUUUUUUAGGUGAUGUUAAAUAUACUCUGCAAAAUAAUAAAAAUAUAUACUUAGGAGAAUAUGAAAAUAAAAAUACUAGAUAUAUUGAUAAAAACGCAUAUAAUAUUAAAAAUAAUAAUAAUUUUUAUGAUAUUUAUUCUAAUAAUAAUAAAAAUGAACAAAUUAUUUAUAACAAAAAUAGUUUUUAUGCAAGUGAUAUAAAUGAUCAAAAGAAAAAUGUACCAUUAACAAUCGCAACCAAAGAAGAAUCACCAUAUACUACUUAUGUUAACAAAGAAGAUUAUGAAAAUAAACAAUUGUUUAAGAAUAAACCUAUACUUAAUAAAAUAAUAGGAAAUUUUCCGAUUUAUCAGAGUAUAAGUUAA